AUGCUGCUGCUGGACCCCGAGGACUUUGAAACCCUUGACACCCCGGAACCCACAACACCACCACAAACGUCUACCUCACCAGCGACGCCUACUGCGGAGCCCGGGCCCUUCCCCGCGGGCGCACAUGAGGACAACCUCCCGGCUGCAUAUGGAACACCGGCACUGGGGCCCAUGGCGCCAACCCCGGUCAGCACUCCGCCGGGUCCAUCGGCGGUGGUGCCAGCCACGGCCCCCGAGCUGCGUCGCUCUAACCGCACCAGGAAAGCACCGGCACACCUCAAGGACUUUAUCUGCAAGACCAAGGACCAAGAUGAGGAAGCAAGAUCAACCUGUGUUUCUGGCAAUGGCCCCGUCAUCUAUUAUUGCAUCCUGUUGGGCCUGGGACUGCCAGUUAACAUUUUGACCGCCAUCGCACUAUCCCGCCUGGCUACUCGCACCCAGAAAUCCUCCUACUGGUACCUUCUGGCUCUUACAGCUUCUGACAUCCUAACUCAGGUCUUCGUUGUCUUUGUGGGCUUUAUAGUGCAAGCUGCCAUCUUGUCUCGUGAUGUUCUGGGAGCCUUUGUCCACACCAUCAAUGUGCUGCAGUUCACAGCCAAUCAUGCCUCCAUCUGGGUGACCGUACUGCUGACUAUAGAUCGUUAUGUGGCACUUUGUCACCCACUUCAGUACAGGGCUGUGUCCUACCCUGAGCGCACCCGGAAGAUAAUAGGUGCUACGUUUGCCAUAUCAUUGGCCACAGGAAUCCCCUUCUACUGGUGGCUAGAUGUCUGGAAUGACGCACCCACUGCCAUGGACAAAGUCCUCAAGUGGCUUCAUUGCUUUAUCAUCUACUUCAUUCCUUGUGGUAUUUUCCUGGUGACAAAUUCUGUGAUCAUCUACAGGCUCAAGCACUCAGGUAGACCCAACCAGCGGUUCAGCAAAACUACAACAAUUCUGUUGGCCAUUACAACUGUCUUCAUUGUUCUCUGGGCUCCACGGACAAUUGUCAUGAUCUACCACCUCUAUGUGACUUCAGUAAAUCAGGACUGGCGAGUACACCUAGCCUACGAUAUAGCCAACAUGGGAGCCAUGCUCAACACCUCCCUCAACUUCUUCCUCUAUUGCUUUGUCAGCAAGACCUUCCGGCAUACUGUAUGGGAGGUGUUGGUCUCCUACAGGCUCCCAUAUGAGCGAAGGCGAGGAGAUCACGACCCUAGGCACAACUGGGGACACUGUGCCGGUGACUACGGUCCCCACGAUCACAGAACCGACCAUCCUCCCUCGGGAUGUGGCGGCCAUCUCGCAAGAAAUGCCUCAGGAAGUGGUUGGUGGAGCAAAAUCCCGGGUGACUACAACCUUAUGAACGUUCCGCACUGGGGAACGUUUAAAGCUGACACCCAGGAAACCUGGCUGCUUACCCCAGGGCCCCACCGAGGGAGCCGCUGUGACCGGUCCUGGGGGUCGGUGUUACGGCCGGGGGACAAAGCCGCACGCCAGGAGGCUGAGGAGGCAGAGGGGUUCGUGGAGAUCUGGCUGGAUUUACUCGAGAGAUCUCAGGACAAGAUCGUGACGACGGUGGACGAAUCGCUCCUGAGCCUACCACGGAUAGUAGCGGAGGUGGUGCAGCACGAACUUUGA